CAGCGUGUCCCUUCAUCAUUACACUUAUUCUACGGCCAUGUCUUCACCCGGACAACUCCCUCCUGGCUGGAUCGCAGAAUGGAAUGAAGCGAACCAGCGAUACCUUUUCGUCGAGACGGCAUCCGGCCAUACACAAUGGGAAGAGCCAACUGGUGCUCCUCAAUCUCAAGGGCCUCCCGAAGCGAGCGUGCCGACUGCCGCGACACAUGGACACGGAAAACGACGCCACCAGGAAGCCGGCGGGCAGCUCUUCACACCCGGUCUUGCUGGGGAGGGACAGUUCCAGUCGCAGCAACAGGCCCCCGGCCAGCCCCAAUAUUUCCAGCCCGAUCAGGGUGCGGGAUACGCGCAACAGCCUAUGGGAUAUGGACAGCAGCAGCAGCCUGCUUACGGGCAACAGCAGCCACCUGCCUUUGGCAAGAGCCCGAUGGACAACCUCACCAACCAAUUUGGCUCGAUGGGAAUGGGUGGACAGAAGCAGUUCCAACUGAACACGGUCAAUCUCCUCACCUCUCCUCCGGAUCCACGAGACCUGCACGUACCACCCCCUGAGAUUCGUCUCCCGCCCGGCUCCAGUCUGUCGCCUGCCCCGACUGCCGUUGCCGACUAUUCGUACCAGCGCCUCACCAUGAACGCGGUCCCCACGACAUCCUCGUUACUAGGAAAGUCCAAGGUCCCUCUCGCAUUGGUCAUCACUCCCUACCGCACACUGGACGAGGGCGAUGAAGCCAUCCCCUUGUUUCUGAUGUCAUUGCUCGGUGCCGGCGCUGCCACGUUCGAUUGGGAUCAAGCUCGCGGGCAGCCUGGUGAUCGUUGGCAACGAGCUGAAUUGAACCACUCAGUCGUGGAGUUUGUUGCGCCGACGGAAUACAUGGUCCGUGCACCCCAGCCGGCGGUGUACGUAUUCCUCAUCGACGUCAGCCACUCUGCGGUUCAAUCCGGAAUGGUGGCAACGGCAACUCGCGCUCUCCUGGAAAACCUGGAUCGAAUCCCGAAUGAUGAGAACAUGACGAAGAUUGGUAUUAUCUGCUACGACGUGUCUCUCUACUUUUUCUCUAUGGUCCCGGGCAGCACAGAAUCUAGCAUGUUGGUUGUGUCGGAUGUUGAUGACGUCUUCCUCCCUAAGCCAACUGACCUCUUGGUGAACCUGACCGAGGCACGCCCUGCAUUGGAAGCUCUGUUGGGUACCAUUGGGGACAUGUUCAAGGACAACAACAUCAUCGGGAGUGCUUUGGGCCCUGCUUUGCAAGCUGGUUCGAAGCUUAUGGCUCCGAUCGGCGGUAAAAUCUUGGCGCUCGCUUCCAGCCUUCCAUCUGUCGGCGAAGGAGCUCUGAAGAAUCGUGAAGAUCCCAAAAUCCUAGGAACGAGCAAGGAGUCGUCACUGCUGCAGGCCGCCAACUCGUUCUACAAAACGUUUGCGAUUGAUUGCUCAAGAGCACAGGUCACGGUGGAUAUGUUCCUGUUCAGUGCUGGAUACCAGGACGUUGCGACACUAGCCAAUCUGCCGCAUUACACGACCGGUAACACCUACUAUUACCCGGCUUUCAACGCCGCACGAUCGGAGGACGCGAUCAAGUUCGCUCACGAGUUUGGAGAGGUUGUGGCCAUGCCUAUCAUGCUGGAGUGCAUCACCCGUGUCCGUGCAUCUAGGGGCCUUCGGAUGGCAUCGUUCCACGGCAACUUUUUCGUCCGAUCGACAGAUCUGUUGGCGAUGCCGACCGUCCCUCAGAACCAGUCGUAUGCCAUCGAGGUGGAGAUCGAGGACACGUUGACGACUCCGUUCGUGGUGCUCCAGACUGGCAUGCUCCACACAACAUGCUUUGGCGAGAGACGACUGCGUGUGGUGACCACUGCCUACCCUACGACCAGCAACCUUUCCGAGGUGUUCGCUUCCGUGGACCAGAUCGCGGUCGCGACUUUGUUGGCGAACAAAGCAGUGGAGCGUUCUUUGUCGUACAAGCUGGAGGAUGCUCGUGACUACAUCUUCAAGAGACUGGUCGACAUCUUGAUUGCUUACAAGAGCAGUAUGACGGCUGCUGGAGCUGGAGCCAGUGCCCAGCUUGCGAUUGCGGAGAACACCAAGAUGUUGCCGGUGCUGGUCCUCGGCUUGCUCAAAAAUGUCGGCAUCCGGCAAAGUGCUCAAGUCCCGCCGGACAUCAGGGCUUACUCCCAAUCGCUGCUCACGUCGCUGCCGUCUCAGCUCCUGGUUCCGUACCUUUAUCCUUGCUUCUAUUCUCUGCACACGAUGCCGCCCGAGGCUGGCACCGUGGGCGAACAGGGUGUGAUUAUGCCUCCGGCCCUGCCUUUGACUUCGGAGAGAUUAGAACGGCAUGGUCUUUUCCUGAUUGAGGACGGGCAGGUUAUCUUCCUGUGGGUGGGACGAGAUGCCGUGCCCCAAUUGAUCAUGGAUGUAUUUGAUCUGCCGAAUUACGACAGUCUUCGGGGUGGGAAGACGACGCUGCCGCUGUUAGACAACCCGUUCUCGCAGCGGGUGAAUGCUGUGAUCCAGAAGACGCGUGAGAUGCGGCGUGGGGUGUUCUACCCUCAUCUGUACGUCGUCAAGGAAGAUGGCGAGCCGCCUCUGCGUCUGUGGGCUCUUAGCUCGCUCAUCCAAGACCGCGCGGAUGUGCUUCCAAGCUACCAACAAUUCAUCAACCAGCUCAAGGACAAGGUGCCGUAA